GUAGCGAGAACUUUUGCUCGCAGUCGCAUCGUAGCUCUCUCGCGACGACGCCAUGGCUGCUGUCACCGGCGGCUUCGCCUUCAAGCCCAUCCUCGCAAGCUCCAAGGCGACGUCGGCGGCGGCGGCGGCGGCGGCGGUGUCUCCGCCUUUCUCCCUCUCCUCGCUCGAGUCAUCGAAGCUCUUCGGAGUCCGACUCUCCGAGGCAGGGAGCCUCACCACCAGAUGCUCUCUCGUCCUCGCCCCCUGCGGCCGCUCCGUCGCCUGCCGCUACGGCGGCGGCGGCGGAGGAGGAGGAGGAUCGCGGUACUCGGGGUCCGGAGAUUGGAGGCGGUCCCGGCAGAGCGAUUCCGACGACGAUCAGGCGCUCGACGUAUCCACUAUCAGGUCGGCUACUGUACGCUUGAUUGACCAGCAACAAAACAUGGUUGGGGUGGUGUCUAAAAGUGAGGCGAUUCGGAUGGCUGAGGAUGCGGAGCUCGAUCUGGUCAUAUUGUCCCCUGAUGCGGAUCCCCCAGUGGUCAGAAUCAUGGAUUACAGGAAAUUCAAAUAUGAACAACAAAAGAAGAAACGGGAGCAACAGAAGAAAAGUGCUGCUAGUCGCAUGGAUAUGAAGGAGCUGAAAAUGGGUUACAACAUUGAUCAACAUGAUUAUUCUGUGCGUUUAAAGGCAGCACGGAAGUUUUUGAAAGAUGGUGAUAAGGUUAAAGUUAUAGUGAAUUUAAAAGGUCGUGAAAAUGACUUCAGAAAUAUUGCCAUUGAGCUAAUCAGACGUUUCCAGAAUGAUGUUGGAGAGCUUGCAACCGAGGAGAGCAAGAACUUUAGAGAGAGGAACAUGUCCAUUGUUUUGGUCCCAAAUAAAGCUGUUCUGCAGAAAGUUCAAGACCCACCAAAGAAACAAGAUAAAUCAUCCGCCAAUGAAGUCUCAGCCAGCAUCUAGGAGCCAAGCGCUGAGGUAGAAGGCUCGUGAGCCAUUUUGUUUUACAUAAUGUCGAUCUUUCUUUAGAUUGGGAAAUUUUUGUAACUUGUGUACAGUAAUGUGUACAACGGCCUAUUUCGAGAACCGGCUAACUAGGAUUAAAACAAGUUAGUGAAUAGUAGCACUUUGCCUGUUUUGACUGGUGCUAAGUUAAAUACAAAUGUACUUUCAAGAAAAAUUUGUCAAUGAAGUGUAUCAUUUUGAAAGCA